AUGGUUCCAGACGCAGAGGAGCGUCUUUCUGCCGCAUGCAAUGCCUUGGGAGCACACCUUACAGAGAACCGUAGCUGUUGUCUCAAGGCCCUUGCGCUGCUGCUGCAGCAGCUGCAGGAGGCUUCUGAGCAGGAGGCUUCUGAGCCGUCGGCUAAAGAUGCUGCCGUCUCCCCUGCUAUCGAUUCUGCUGCUGCUGUCGAUAAGCAACGAAAAUCUUUGCACGAAGCAGACACGCACACCCCCGAAGCCGCCAUGACGCCGCAAGCAGAGAGAGACGAGUGGCUAGUCGAGGAGCUGCUAGCCGCGAGAAAAGCCCUCCUUAGCGUCAAGCAAGAAGCCCCCAAUGUACCGGUCCCACUGCAUUUCUUCGAGUCUUUGGAAAAUGCAGCUGAAUGUAAGGAAGAGGAUGGAGGAUGGGGAGGCGGGGUUCACUGCGGAGAACAGGAAUAUGACCCUGAUGAAAUUUAA